AUGUGUAUCUAUACUGAGAUUUCUUCAAAUAUUAGGCAGGCUCGGGAGCACAGUCUCCUGGGUAAUUAUGAAAGUGCUCUUACUUUCUACUCUUGCGGUUUGGCUCUCAUUAAGAAGCAUCUCAUUACAAUCAAGGAUUAUGGGAGGAAGCAGCAAUGGAUUCAAGUUCAACAAGAAGUGAUGCAGGAGUCCGAACUUGUGUCGGACAUUAACAAAACUUUGGCUAGCUUUACUCUCGACGAGAAGUCGAACGGAGGUUGUCUGCCCUAUGACCCAUUAGAGGAGCCAACACGAGAUCUUGAAGUGUGGCCUCCACCACUGCCACGAUCACAAUCAUCUGGAGGGGCUGUUUCAGGCCCGCCUCCCGCAGGUUCCCGUUCCCUUGCUAGCCGCAGACCUCCUAACGAUGGUUGCCGAAGUUCGGGCACCCAAGGUGCAGUUCGAGGACCAAGCAAAGGUGCGCCAGCUAAGCGUUCUGGUCGUGCUCCUAGUGCGGCAAAAGCGAGUUCAUCGAAUAACAAUCCCUCGUCCUCCAGAAGCAGUGCUUCGACAGAGGCAAGCGAGAAGAAGUACGAGGCUGGGGCUGUAGACAAAGACCUCGCAGAAAUGCUCGAGAGGGAUAUUUUGCAACGAAAUCCUGCCGUUAGGUGGGAUGAUAUUGCCGAACUGGAUGAUGCCAAGCGCCUUCUUAAAGAGGCCGUAGUUCUUCCUAUGGUACUUCCUAACUAUUUCAAAGGCAUCAGGCGACCGUGGAAGGGUGUGCUGAUGGUAGGACCCCCAGGCACUGGCAAAACGCUGUUGGCCAAAGCCGUUGCUACGGAGUGCGGCACCACCUUCUUCAACGUCUCAAGCACCAGUCUCACCAGCAAGUGGCGUGGUGAGUCGGAGAAAUUGGUGCGCAUUCUUUUCGACAUGGCGCGAUUUUACGCUCCCAGCACCAUCUUCAUCGAUGAAAUUGACUCGCUUUGCUCGCGACGUGGCGGUGAAUCUGAGCACGAGGCCUCCAGACGAGUCAAAUCUGAACUUCUAGUGCAAAUGGAUGGUGUUAAUGGCGCUACGGGACAGGAUGAUGACCCGACUAAAACAGUCAUGGUUCUCGCCGCGACCAACUUUCCUUGGGACAUUGACGAAGCUCUGCGACGUCGACUGGAAAAACGGAUUUACAUACCCCUACCUAGCGUCACCGGACGAUUGGCGCUGUUGCAUAUUAAUCUGCGCGAGGUCCUCUUGGAUGAUGAUGUGAAGUUUGAGAAGAUUGCGGAGAAGUUGGCUGGCUACUCCGGCGCUGACAUCACCAAUGUUUGCCGAGACGCAUCGAUGAUGUCCAUGCGACGGGCGAUUGAAGGUUUGUCCGUGGAGGAGAUAAAAAGCCUUCGAACCGCCGAUCUCAACCUACCGACAAGGAUGCGUGACUUCGAGGAGGCCAUCUCCCGUGUCUCCAAGUCCGUCUCCGCGGCUGACAUUGAGAAGUAUGAGAAGUGGAUGCAGGAGUUCGGCGCCACUUAA